AUGUCUUUGGAAACCUCGCCAUAUCAAGCAAUCUUCUUGCAAGCCGCAUUGGACUCGCAAGCUUUAAAAUUUGGGAAAUUCACUUUAAAGUCAAAACGUGAAUCUCCGUAUUUUUUCAACUUGGGCUUAUUCAAUACUGGUAAAUUAUUAUCAAACUUGGCGACGGCUUAUGCCGAAGCAAUUAUAAAAAGCGGAUUGAAAUUUGAUAUCUUGUUCGGCCCCGCUUAUAAAGGUAUACCAUUAGCUGCUAUCACUGUAGCAAAGUUGGCAGAAUUGAGACCCGAUAUAUAUAGUGAUGUAGGGUACUCGUUCAAUAGAAAAGAAAAGAAAGAUCACGGAGAAGGAGGAUCCAUUGUUGGUUGCCCUCUACAAGGGAAGAGAAUAUUGAUCAUUGACGACGUGAUAACUGCCGGGACUGCAAUCAACGAGGCAUUCGAGAUAAUCGCACAAGAAAAAGGUGAAUGUGUUGGUUGCAUUAUCGCCUUGGAUAGACAAGAAACAACCAUUUACGACUCAACAAGAUCAGCCACCAAAACGGUGAGCGAAAAGUUUGGAAUUCCAGUUUUAUCUAUUGUGAGUUUAAGCGAAGUUAUUACCAUCUUAAAGGACAAGAUCAGUGUCGAUGACUUGAAGUCUAUUGAAGAAUAUAGAAACAAAUAUGGUGCCUAA